AUGAGGGCGCGGGUUCGAACGGACGACGGGCAGUACUCGGAAUGGUUUGACGUCGGCCAAGGUCUCCGACAGGGGUGCAACCUGGCCCCGCUGCUGUUCAACUUGUUCUCUGCCGCGAUGCGCAUGGUCGCAGUGACCGAGUUCGACAAGGACCCCAAGGUGACGGCGGAUAUGAUCAAGAUCGCAACACGAGUGGAGUGCACGGGCAAGAGGGGCAGGUCGGCGGGGAAGAAGGCGAUGAUGGUGACGGUCGCAGAGGCCCUGUGGGACAUGCUCUACGCUGACGACGCGGCCAUCGUCUCGCUCACGCCGGAGAGCCUCGAAAAGAUGAUGUCCAUCAUCGUGCGCGUGGCCGGCCUGUUCGGACUGAUGGUAUCGGAGCCAAAGACGGAGAUCAUGUGCAUGCUACCGAAAGGGCUGGGGGAACGCCCGUUCGCGGUGAAAAUCACAGGAGACCGCGUGGAGUUUGGAGAAGCCGCCUUGAUCAUCUGCAACCACCGUACGAGGGUGGACUGGAUGUUUCUGUGGUGCUUGUGUCUGCGACAAGGACAGCUGUCUAGCCUGAAGAUCGUCUUGAAGGAAUCGCUCAAGGGAAUUCCAGGGUUCGGUUGGGCCACCCAGGCGAGCAAAUCCCUCGGUAGUCUGCGCAGGUUUUCUGAGCAAGCAAGCACACUAGAAAAAAUGCUGCUCUUCGUGUUCCUGAAGAGAGACAAGACCAAGGACUUGCAGCGGGUGAGGGAGAUCAGCGACUACCUGGUGGGCCUCAACAUGCCCACGACGCUGCUCCUGUUCCCGGAGGGCACAGACUUGAGCCCGAACAACCACAUCAAGAGCCUCGCCUUCGCCAAGAAGGAAGGGCUCGCCGAGUACCAGUACGUGCUGCACCCGAAGGUGGUCAGGGGAUUCUCCGAGUGCAUGCAGGCCCUACGGCCAGGCCUCGAUGCCGUGCACGACGUCACGAUUGCGUACCACAACUACAAGGACGGCGGUCCCCCGUCAGAAAACACGAUGCUUGCAGGGUGUUUCCCUCAGGAGGUCCACAUGCACGUUACGCGUUUCGCCGUCGGAGACCUGCCAACAGAAGACGAGGGCCUUCAACAGGGCCCGCGAUCGUUCGACCAAGCCGGCCGGCUCGACGAGCACGGCGACGACGACGAAGCUUCCCGGAGCGGGUUGCUGGCCCUGGUGUUCUUCGUUGCCUUUUUCCUCCUCGUGGCCUUGUACGGCGGCAAGGUUUUCUACGCGGGAGCGGCAUCGGCGUGCUGCCUGUGCACCCUCGUCACCUCGCUCGGCGGUUUUGACACCCUAGAGCUGCGGUGGUCCAGAUUCUCGUUCGGGACGUCAUCGGCGGAGUUGAAGCAAGACUGAUCGGGAGUUUCAUCAUGCGUCCCCGCGAUAAGAAAAUGUGGUACAAAAGUUUAUUGUGUGUUGGUUGUUUUCGUAGGCCUGAAAUUGAUUGCAAUAGAUCCAAGCAAGAGUUUUUUACAGAAAAAACGACGUACGUUGUACAUGGAAUGAUAAAUCACUUCGUUCCCAGGCCUGAGGUUUGAUUGUUGUAAAUCCAAGUUAUCGUAUGUACAGAAGAAUUGACAUACGUACACGGAAUGUGUAUAUGGAUGGGAAAUCAUUCGUUCCCAGCGGCUAUACUAGUCCUGCAGAAAUUCAUGAGCAACUUCAUGUCCACCAUCACGAGACUUGAGGGCUUGUCCGCAUCCAUCCUCGACAUCUGUGUGUGUCUAGGGCUGGGGUUAGGAUUAGAACGAAGGUUAGAGGUGAACGUUUCCAACACAAUAAACAAACGACGGUAUGCAUACGGCUUGAGUUCCUCUAGACAAGGCCUUCCCUAAACCGCCGCCCUUCCCCCCCCAUGAAAACAAGUGCUCUGAAGACGCUCAACCAGCCGGCUAACCCUCCGCAGUCCUCACCCCUCAAACAAACGUCACCGAGUUUCUCACACCUCGGCAAACUGCACGCCUGCCCAAGGGUGGCUGGCUCGCUGCGCCCCCGCGACCCCCGGGACCAACGGGCCUGCGGCAUGUAUUUACCUUGGUUGGCUGCUCGGA